AUGUCUGAGCUCCACGCCGCGCUGCGCUCUUACCGCUCCUCCAAGGCUGCGGCACUCUCGCAGCCGGCGUUUUGCGUCUUCUCCAACGCGGAGCUCGACGCGCUGGUUGCAGCAUGCCCGCACUCAACCUUUGAGCUCGCGGCCGUCAAGGGCUUCGGCCGCGCCAAAGUCCAGAAGUUUGGCGACGACAUCGUCCGCAUCUGCUCGGGGCACUUGAAGUCGGCCGCGGCGGCGCUCCCUGCGGCCGCCGCGCCAGCAAAGCGCAAGGCUCCCGCCGCGGCCGCGUCUCGCGCCGCCAAGCAGCCGUCCACCGCGGCGAGCGCCGCCGCCGCACAGAUCGUCCUCGCCGGGACGAAUGCGUUCCUCACCGGCGCCGCCGGCGUCGGCAAGUCGUUCCUGCUGCGCUACAUCAUUCAGGAGCUCGAGCGCAGGAUGCCCGAGCAGGUCGCCGUGUGCGCGCCCACCGGCAUCGCCGCGUCGCACGUGCAGGGCGUCACCAUCCACUCGUGGAGCGGGAUUGGGCUCGGAAAAGGCGGCGCGCAGGCGCUGCUCCAAAAGGUUGAGGGCAACGUGGCGGCGCAGGGGCGCUGGCGGCUGGCGCGCUGCCUGAUCAUCGACGAGAUCUCCAUGCUCGACAGCUUGCUGCUCGACGCGCUCGACCAGAUCGGCCGCACCCUGCCGCCCGUCUCGCUCGGGCAGUACAACACGAGCUUCGCGUUCGCGUCCCGCGCCUGGCGCGAGGCGGGCGUGCAGACCAUCGAGCUCAAGACGAUCGUGCGACAGUCCGGCAUCCUCCCCACCAAGCUCUACUGCAAGAACCUGAACGUCGACGCCGAGAACGCGGCGCGCCUCGCCGAGCUGCCCGGCGCCGCCACCAGCUUCGCGGCGACCGACCUCUUCAAGGGAGAGUACCCCGCCGACGCAAAGAAGCGUCUGAGCGAGCUCGUAGAGAAGAAGGCGGUCAGCCGGCUCGACCUCAAGCGCGGCGCGCAGUGCCUGCUGACCAAGAACAUGCCCGAGCUGCGGCUCGUCAACGGCUCGCGCGGGGUGUUCGACAGCGGGCAGCGGCUCGCCGUGCAGCCCGCCUCCUUCUUCCAGGCGGGGCCCGGCGGCGCCGUCGUGUACGUGGCCCUGAGUCGCGUCACCUCGCUCGUGGGUCUGUGGAUUCGCGGGGCCGCCGUGACCCAAGCCGUCGUCAAGGCGCACCCGGAGGUGCUUGCCUUUUACCGCCAGGUGGGCUGCCUCUGA